GGAUUAAUGACGUCAUCGCCGUCCCCGGGAAAUAUCGUCACCGUAUACAGAGAGAAAGAGAGCACGACAAGAAACCCUAAAAGGCAAAAAUCCGAAGAGAGAGAGAGAGCUCGAUUUGUCUGCUCUCUCUCCUUCUCUCUUCCUUCCUCCCCCACUGAAAACCCUCACUGCCCUAAACCCUCCUCCUCUCCCUCCGCCCCGCCCCCUCGCGACGCCGCCGGAGACGCCGGGCGGAGGAGGCUCGCCGACCGGCCUGCCUCUCCCUCUCUCUCUCUCUCUCGACGUCCUCGGCGGGCGCGGGGUCGGGAGCCGGCGGCUGCGAUCGUCAGAUCCGAGCGCGGCGGGCGCAGAUUCGUUUCCGAUUCGCGUCAGCAAUCAGAGCGUGUCAUGAUGAUAGCGACUGAAAGUGUAGUUGUAAAGAAGGUGAAGAUAAAGUUUUCCGGAAGGAGAAUUGAAGCAGAGCCCCAAUCCAGAUCGUGUGGAUAUGGACAGCAGAAGCUACUUAUUGAUAAUUGGACUUCUGGGGCUGUGAAUGGAAAGGAGAAGAAUGGCAAUUUGCCUUCUAAAAGCGAGGCUGAUGGUGGCGGUUGUAUGAAGUUGGGAAGUUCUGUCUCUGGUGCUAAUAAGCGUGGUCCGCAAGUAGAUUUUGAAGUUGUGAAGAAGAGACAGAGGAUGGAUCGAGCUGUUACGCAACAAUGUUCUACCAUUUUAAAGAAACUAAUGCAUAGUCAAUGUGGUUGGCCUUUCAAGCAACCAGUCGAUCCAGUAAAGCUGAACAUACCGGAUUACUUCACUAUCAUAUCAGAGCCAAUGGAUUUAGGGACCAUAAAAUCUAAGCUCGAGAAAAAUAUGUAUCGUGGAACAGAAGAAUUUGCUGCUGAUAUCAGGUUGACCUUUGCUAAUGCCAUGUGCUACAAUCCACCCGGCAAUCAAGUACAUAUAAUGGCAGAUAAGUUGAAUAAGGACUUUGAGACGGCAUGGAAAGCUCUUGAGGCAAAGUGGAGCAAUGGAGACACUAAAAUAGGGAAGGGGUCUGCAUCGAGUAAACAAAGUCGAGAAAGCAGUGCUGUGGGACAAAGCGAUCCCAAGACACCUCCUCAGUGCACCAGCUUACCUCAAAAUAGGAUGCAAACUGGAGAGACGCUAAAGAAGAACAGUGAUGCUACUUUAUUAAAGGUCAAGGUUUCUAAAGUUGCACAGAGCUGCACAACCAAGUCAUUAGGAAAUAACGACAAAGGCACUGAUGGUGCUAGUGGACAUGCUUGUCGCUCCAAGUGCAAUGCAUGUGGCAAUACAACAUGCCGAUGCAGUGUUGCUGGACCAGCUUGUGCAUCUUCAAUGGAGAAGGGCCGAGAUCAUGAAUGUGCUAUUGAUUCUCCAAGACUGGCUAGGAGCUCAUCUAUGCAGACCAAUAAAUCUGAUCCAGAUUCUGAUGGGGCUGUGAGUGCUGUGGAUGAUGGAAAUGUCUGUCCUAGUUCCCACCUUGCAACUCCAUCUACGGAUGCCACAAGUGGGGAAGCAUGGAGUGCUUCUCUCCUUGACAUACAGCUAUCACCUAAAAAGGCUCUGCGUGCUGCAAUGUUAAAGAGUCGCUUUGCGGACACUAUCUUAAAGGCAAAACAGAAGACGCUACUAGAUAAUUGUGAUAAGGCUGAUCCUGUGAAGAUGCAACAAGAGAAGGAAAGAUUAGAGAGAAGGCAGCGGGAAGAGAAAGCAAGGAUUGAAGCUCAGAUCAGAGCAGCAGAAGCUGCUGAGAAAAUGAGAGCAGAGGCUGAGGCCAGAAAGCAAAGGGAGAGAGACAGGGAAGCUGCUCGGAUCGCACUUCAAAAGAUGGAAAAGACUGUUGACUUCGAGGAAAAUCUUGAGAUUUUUAAGGAACUUGAGAUGUUGAGUGGGUGUUCUGGUUCAUCGCCUCAUCUCGGUGACAUUGAUGAUGGAUCUGAAGUGUUAUCAGGAGUGUUUGAUGGGGCUCACUAUAGGAAUCCACUGGAGCGCUUAGGCUUGUUUAUGAAGGAUGAGUUUUUGGAAGACGACGAUGAUGAGAAAAUUUUGAUUGGGGAGGAGGGUGAGAUUCUUUCAUAGUUUACAUUUAUAGUUCCAAUGGGGUUGCAGUUGAUCUUGUGUUUCCUCUCAAUUGUUAUAGCUCUUUUGACCUACGAUAGAGCUAAACGUUGCUGUAAAUCAAUCCCUUGUCUGGUGGAAAUACAGAGGUAGUGGUUUGGUGAGUGUCCAUUUAGCAAAAUGCUACAUGUGAAUGCGCUUUAUUUGUUUGAUGUCUCGCUUCGUGGCUGAUUUGAAAAAAAGCAUUUGUGCGGUGUAAAAAUGGAGACUUUGGCGUGCGGUAAUGCAAGAUGAUGUAUUGGCCCUCUGAAGGAGUUCCAUUCAUGGGUAUCAGCAUUUGACUGCCCUCUAUAUUGUUUGUAUGACCAUAGAGAGGAGGUUGUAAACUACUUGCAGAGCAUGUGGUGGCUGCUGGUGAUUCAGUCCUAGAGCUAUGACCAAGGAAGAUUUGGCCCCUAGGAGGCCAGAAAGGCAGCCUGAUAAGAACCUGGAAUGAGCUGACAUGUAAAUAAGAUGUAUAUUGAGUCAUCGUUUCCUUCUACCCUGUGUUCAGUUCGAGAAGUGCUUCUCAUUUCAUGUAUCUAAAGUUUUGGGAUAUUUCACAAUAAAGCCCUGAUGUAUGAAUAGAGUUGUC